AUAACACCACAUCCUCUGCGGGCGCCCCGAAAAAGGGGUUUAGGGUUCCGUCAGGGACAAGUGGUCGGCGAUCAAGAAAUUCUCGUCUCGCCUUACUCCAUCCCUCUCUCUCACAACAUCGAGAUCUCCAACGGCGACCGGCCAUGAAUAGCGGCGGCAAAUGGAGGGAAAGGUCCAGCCGGAAUCCAUCGAAGCAGAAGCUCCGCCUGAACGCCGAGGAGGUUCUUGAACGCAAGCUAGGGUUCGAUCUCUUCACCGAAGGCGAAAAGAGGCUCGGAUGGUUGCUCACCUUUGCACCGUCAUCAUGGGAAGAUCAAGAUACCAACAAGAUCUACAGCUGCGUAGAUCUUUACUUUGUUACUCAGGAUGGAUCUACAUUCAAAGUAAAGUACAGGUUUCGACCUUAUUUCUAUGCCGCCACCAAGGAAAAGAUGGAGCUGGAAGUUGAGGCAUAUCUCAGACGUCGAUAUGAAGGAGAAAUUGCUGAUAUAGAGAUUGUGGAGAAAGAGGACCUGGAUCUGAAAAACCAUCUAUCUGGCUUACAUAAAGCAUACUUAAAGCUUAGCUUUGAUACUGUCCAACAAUUGAUGCAUGUAAAGAAUGACCUUAUGCAUGUCGUUGAAAGGAACCAAGCAAAAUCAGAUGCAGCUGAAGCAUUUGAAUCCAUAUAUAAUGGGAAAAGCAAAGAAAGGCCACAGGAUUAUAUAGAUUGUAUCACUGAUCUACGUGAAUACGAUGUUCCCUAUCAUGUUCGUUUUGCAAUUGAUAAUGAUGUUAGAUGUGGACAGUGGUAUGAUGUUAAUGUAUCUAGUGCUGGCAUUUUGCUUGAAAAAAGAGCCGAUCUUCUUCAGCGUGCUGAAGUUCAUGUUUGUGCAUUUGAUAUUGAGACAACAAAGCUUCCUCUGAAAUUUCCAGAUGCUGAAUAUGAUCUGAUAAUGAUGAUAUCAUAUAUGAUAGAUGGACAAGGUUACUUGAUAAUCAAUCGAGAGUGUGUUGGGGAAGAUAUUGAAGAUUUGGAAUAUACCCCUAAAGCAGAAUUCGAAGGAUGCUUUAAAGUUAGAAAUGUGAAAAAUGAGGAAGAGCUUCUCAAAGUGUGGUUUUCCCACAUGCAAGAUGUGAAACCUGGUAUUUAUGUUACCUAUAAUGGUGAUUUCUUUGAUUGGCCAUUCAUAGAGAAAAGAGCUGCCCACCAUGGGCUUAAACUGAGUGAGGAAAUAGGCUUUCAUUGUGACAAUAAUCAAGGAGAAUGCCGUGCUAAGUUUUCUUGCCAUCUUGACUGUUUUGCUUGGGUCAAACGUGACAGUUAUCUUCCUCAAGGAAGCCAUGGCCUUAAGGCUGUUACAAAGGCUAAGUUGGGUUAUGAUCCAUUGGAGGUGAAUCCUGAAGACAUGGUUCGCUUUGCCAUGGAACAACCUCAGAUGAUGGCUUCUUAUUCUGUAUCUGAUGCGGUGGCAACUUACUACCUGUACAUGACAUACAUUCAUCCAUUUAUUUUCUCUCUUGCAACUAUAAUACCUAUGACACCAGAUGAGGUCUUGCGCAAGGGAAGUGGAACACUUUGUGAAAUGCUUCUCAUGGUCCAGGCUUACAAGGCAAAUAUUAUUUGUCCUAACAAGCACCAAGAUGAUCCAGAGAAGUUCUACAACAACCGUCUUUUAGAAAGUGAGACAUACAUAGGGGGCCAUGUUGAAUGCCUUGAAAGUGGUGUUUUUAGAUCUGAUCUUCCAACUAAAUUUCAGCUUGAGCCAUCUGCAUAUGAGCAAUUGAUCAGAAAUCUUGAUCGUGAUCUGCAAUAUGCCAUAACAGUUGAGGGGAAAAUGGACAUUGAUUCAAUCUUGAACUAUGAAGAUGUGAAAAAUGCUAUACUGGAAAAGCUUAUCUUCUUGCGAGAUCAUCCAAUGCGUGAGGAGUGUCCUCUUAUUUAUCAUCUUGAUGUUGCCGCAAUGUAUCCAAACAUUAUUUUAACAAACAGACUUCAGCCACCAUCAAUAGUCUCAGAUGUAGUUUGCACAGCAUGCGAUUUCAAUCGUCCAGGAAAAAAUUGCCUGCGUAAGCUUGAAUGGGUUUGGCGAGGGGAGAUCUAUAUGGCAAAGAAAAGUGAUUAUUAUCAUAUAAAGAAGCAAAUUGAGUCAGAACUGGUGGAAAAUGGUGAAGGUCAGGCAAUAAAGCCCUUUCUUGACCUCCCCAAAUCAGAACAACAGUUGAAGCUGAAAGAACGCUUGAGAAAAUAUAGUCAGAAGGCGUAUAAAAGGGUUCUUGACAAGCCCAUCACGGAACUUAGAGAAGCUGGGAUAUGCAUGCGUGAAAAUCCUUUCUAUGUGGAUACUGUUAGGAGCUUUCGGGAUAGAAGGUAUGAGUACAAAGGUCUUAAUAAGGUAUGGAAGGGAAAACUGGCAGAGGCAAAAUCCAGUGGGAAUUCUAUUAAGAUUCAGGAAGCACAGGAUAUGGUUGUUCUAUAUGAUUCCUUACAGCUUGCUCAUAAAUGUAUACUUAACUCGUUUUAUGGAUAUGUCAUGCGCAAGGGCGCAAGAUGGUACUCAAUGGAAAUGGCUGGAGUUGUCACAUACACUGGUGCAAAGAUAAUUCAGAAUGCUCGUUUACUUGUCGAAAAGAUCGGGAGGCCUCUGGAAUUGGACACAGAUGGCAUCUGGUGUGCUCUUCCUGGAUCUUUCCCUGAGAAUUAUUCCUUCAGAACAAAAGAUCCAAACAGGAAACUGACAAUCUCAUAUCCAUGUGUUAUGCUUAAUGUGGAUGUUGCAAGAAACAAUACUAAUGAUCAGUACCAGACACUUGAAGAUCCUAUUACUAAAACAUAUACGACCCACAGUGAAUGCUCCAUUGAAUUUGAAGUGGAUGGGCCAUAUAAGGCAAUGAUCCUCCCAGCUUCGAAGGCAGAAGGGAUCCUGAUCAAGAAGCGGUAUGCUGUUUUUAAUCAUGAUGGUACACUAGCAGAGCUCAAAGGUUUUGAGAUUAAACGUAGGGGUGAGCUGAAGCUCAUAAAAGUUUUCCAGGCGGAGGUCUUUGACAAAUUUCUCCAUGGAUUAACCUUAGAGGAAUGCUAUGCAGCUGUUGCUUCAGUUGCAAACCGCUGGCUUGAUCUGUUGGAUAAUCAAGGAAUAGAUAUUGCUGACAGUGAGUUGCUUGAUUACAUAUCAGAGUCAAGCACGAUGAGUAAAUCUUUAUCUGAUUAUGGAGAACAGAAGUCAUGUGCUGUGACUACUGCAAGACGACUUGCUGAUUUUCUUGGAGAUACAAUGGUUAAAGACAAAGGGCUACAUUGCCAAUAUAUAGUUGCUCAAGAGCCACGAGGAACCCCAGUAAGUGAGCGCGCCAUCCCUGUUGCGAUAUUUGAAACAGAUGCAGAAAUUGCGAAGUUCUAUCUACGGAAAUGGUGUAAAAUUUCAUCUGAUGUAGGCAUUCGAUCCAUUGUUGAUUGGUCCUAUUACAAGCAGCGCCUUAGUUCAGCUAUUCAAAAGAUUAUCACUAUUCCUGCUGCAAUGCAGAAGGUUUCUAACCCUGUUCCUCGAGUGGUUCAUCCUGAUUGGCUACACAAAAAGGUCCGUGAGAAAGAGGACCGAUUUCGCCAGCGUAAGCUUGUUGAUAUCUUCAGUACAGUGAACAAAGAUGAAACAAUCAUGCAAGAUGAGAUGAAUGUUGGAGACAUGGAAGACUUGAUUGCCAAAAAAGAUGUUUCAAAAGGACCCCGACCAGUAGUUCAUAGCUAUGAAGUUAACAAAGAAAACUAUUCAUCCAAGCAAUCCUGUCCAGAAGCUGGAUUAAUCUUAAGCCACAAGCAGCAAAAUGCAACUUUAUGCAGACCUCUCAUGUCAUUGAGCCAAAAUGGUACCUGUGGUGAAAGUGUUGACAGAAACAUCGAUUAUCAGGCAUGGCUUGAAGUCAAGAAGAGGAAAUGGAAAGACACUCGUGAGGAAAGGAAGAGACGCAGGUUAGGUAUCACAAAGAUGUCACAGCAAUCUGCUGGUGCAGCUAAGUUGCCUGCCUCCAUGUUCAACUAUAGACGUGGUCAAGACAGAAAUGGGGUUAGUUCGUUCUUCAGAAGACAAGAGUUGGCUCUUGUGCAAUCUCACUGGCAGAUAAUACAACUUGUUCCCAGUACACAACCUGGGCGAUUUUUUGCUUGGGUUGUUGCAGAUGGAAUUAUGCAAAAGGUUCCCAUAGAUGUUCCAAAAGUGUUUUAUCUUAACACCAAGGCCCCUGUUACAGAAGAAUUUCCGGGACGGUGUGUGAAAAAGAUUCUUCCUCAUAGCAGACCAAGUUUCAAUCUCAUUGAGGUUGUUAUCAAUGAAGAUCAGUUCAGGGCUGCAAAAAAGAAACUUGCGGCUCACCUAGCAGACCCAGAAGUUGAGGGGAUAUAUGAGACAAAUAUGCCGUUAGAAUUUAAUGCGAUCCUCCAGAUUGGUUGUGUGUGUAAAGUGGACAAGGCUGCUAGGCUUCGAAAUCUCCAAGAUGGAUGGAAUCUGAGCGAGCUGCAUAUGAAGACUACAGCUGAGUGCUCUUAUCUGGAGCAGACUAUCUCCUUUUUCUACCUGUAUCACAGCAUGUCCGAGGGGAGGGCGAUAUAUGUUAUAUAUUUUCCUGUAUCAUACACAAUAUUUGCUGUGGUUGUUAAUCCUUUUCAAAACAAAGAAUUGUCCUCGUCACUUCUUGAAAGGCUGUUCCGUGAAGCUUGCCAAACAUUAUCCGUUGAACCACCAAUGGCAGGAAGUGCUACUUACAAGGUGGAAUAUGUUCGAUCAAUUGAAGCUGGCAGCAAGCUUUUGCAAAGAACAUUGAUUGAUUACAGACAUCGGCAUCCUGGUCCUGCUAUUGGUGUCAUAGAAUGCCCGAAUGUUCAAGUUAUUAGAUCUGGAAUGCGGAUACUUGAUGAUUUUCCAUGCAUCAGUAUUCCUUGCAAUGCUCGUGACAGUAAUUAUCAGGCUCUCGGAUGGCAAGUCAUGGCUGGCAAAAUUGGCAUGCAACGUUGUGCUGCAUCAUCCCAGUGGUUCAGUGAGAGAAUUUUGCUAUCUAGAUAUGCACAUGUGCCUUUGGGGAAUUUCGAACUUGAUUGGCUUCUUUUUACUGUGGAUGUCUUUUAUUCUCGGGUGUUACGUGAUCAGCAGCAGGUACUUUGGAUAUCUGAUGAUGGUAUUCCAGAUUUAGGAGGCACUUAUGAGGCAGAUACUUGCUUUGCUGAUGAGGUCAUUCAACCAGCUCUUACUUAUCCUGGGGCCUAUAGAAGAGUCACAGUAGAACUAAAGAUUCAUCACCUAGCUGUAAAUGCUCUUCUGAAGAGCAACCAAGUGGAUGAAAUAGAAGGUGGAUCUAUAUUUGGAUUUGACCAUGAAAUGCAUCAUGGGCCUGUUGUUAAUGAAACCGACUUCGAUGAAGCUAGCGCAUGUGCACCUGCAUUUCAAGUACUAAAACAACUCAUUCAAAGAUGUAUUUCAGAUGCAGUGGCAUCUGGAAAUGUGUUUGCUGAUGCUAUAUUGCAGCAUCUUUACCGGUGGCUUUGCAGCCCACUGUCGAAACUCCAUGACCCUGCUCUCCAUCGUGUUCUCCACAAGGUCAUGAAAAAAUUAUUUGCAUUAUUGCUGGCCGAGUUUCGAAAAUUAGGAGCCACGAUUAUCUUUGCAAACUUCUCUAAGAUUGUCAUAGACACUGGAAAGAUAGACCUAUCAGCAGCCCGUGCUUACUGUGACUGUUUAUUGAAAACUUUGCAGACAAGGGAUUUAUUCGAGUGGAUUGAGCUUGAACCUCUGCAUUUCUGGCAUUCGUUACUUUUUAUGGAUCAGUACAACUAUGGAGGAAUUCAGGCAAAAUCCACCACUCUGUCCCAUACAGACAAUUUAGAGGAUGAAGCUGAAGUGGACAUCGUGUCAAGCUGGAAUAUAGCUGAAUAUUUACCAAAGAUCACCCAGGAUCAUUUUGUCUUAAUUGUCUCUGAGUUUCUAUAUAUCCCAUGGAAGCAUUUAAAAGAACAAGUUGCAACUCGGACAACUAUGAGGGAUGAUAAUGCUUGUACCCAAUCAAUCACCAUCACAGCUGCUGAAGCUCUUGAAGUUUGUGUUACGGAGUACCUUAAAGACCAGAUCAGCAAUUAUUUUACUGAGAAGCUUCUCAGAAUUGUACGUGAUACACUUCACCACUUCAAGGGAAGAAACAAAAUUGACAAGAAUGAACCUGCAUAUCAUGGAUUAUCCCAAUCAACUGAUUCUCAAGUACAUAAAGGAGAUGCUGCAUUAGAAUUCAUUAAGCAUGUCUGCGCUGUUCUUGCUCUCGACCAGAAUGUUCAGCAUGAUAUUCUGAGGAUGAGGAAGAAUCUGUUAAAAUUGGUCCAUGUGAAAGAGUUCGCUCCAGAAGCACAGUUUAAUGAUCCUAGUCCAUCAUUUAUUCUUCCAAAUGUUAUCUGCAGUUAUUGCAAUGACUGCCGAGACCUAGACCUCUGUCGUGAUUCAGCUCUUUCGGAUAAUGAAUGGCGUUGUUCUGUGCCACAAUGCGGACAAUCAUACAAUCGUGAACAGAUGGAGAAUUCUCUCCUUCAAAUAGUUCGACAAAGAGAGAAGCUAUAUCACUUGCAGGAUCUGGUGUGCCUGAGGUGCAGACAAGUUAAAGCUGCUCAUUUGGCUGAGCAGUGUGUCUGUGGUGGGUUAUUCAGGUGCAAAGAAGAUUCAUUUGAAUUCUUGAGGAAAAUGCAGGUGUUUCUGAACAUAGCAGCCAACCAGAAAUUUCAGCUGCUCGAUGACUGCACAUCGUGGAUCCUCGAAGUGAGAUAAUGCUCGUAUAAAUUCAUUACUGAAAAAAAAAAACGAAAGAAAAACUGGUGUGGAAAAGAGAUCACAUAUGAUGCUAAGCUGGGUUUGUCGGGCAAACAAAGCUUGAGAUCACUGCACACACAUAACGAAGGUGCAAGCCUUUGAAGAUCUGUCUUCUCAUUACUCUACCGAAGGGUCAUGGCAUGGGGUUCGCAACGGACUGCUCAAGCCUAUGCAGAACAGAGCUUGCGGCUUAUUUUUUGUAGGGCUUGCAACUUGUAUUAUGUAUUUAUUUUUAAAGUACCGCACAGUUUUGUAUGACGUGUUAAUCCAGUUCUAGUUCUUUAGUUUUCCUUA